GCCGCAAGUGCCGCUCGCUCCGCACCGUGCCUCGCCUCGCCUCGCCUCACGCGUGCGGCCGCUCAGCCGCUCUCCUCAGGCGGAGGGGCCGCCCCGGGCCGCUCUCCUCAGGCGAAACGGCCGCCAGGGACCCCGGCCCCGCGCCCGCCGCCGAUGGGGCGGGCCGCCGGCGCCUCAGGGGGACCCUCGGUCCCCGGUUCCCCCGCAGAGUCUCCCGGCUCCGCGGAGCAGCCGGGGCGGGCGAGCCCGCUCCGCUCCCUGGUGAUUUUUGGAAGGGCGGGGAGGGGAGCAGGAAUUCCUCUUUAUUUCUUACAAAAGCCCUUUUAAAAAUGACUUCUUUUCCUUGGAUCUGUACAGGAGUGUUUCCAACUUCCCUCACUAAAAAGUUUCCUUGAUGGCAUUAACUUUUUUUUUUUACUACAUUCCCCCCCGUUUUAUUUUCCCUUCCCUAAUUCCUGAAGGUAACAGCAGACGAGUGUGUUUCCCUUGUGCUGAGGUGUUUUCUGUACAAUUGGGUCUCCGUGGCGGGGACUCUGUGUAAAUCGGUGCAGCCUGAACAAAGCCGCAGCAGUAAUUGGCUUCGCUGUGGGAUAUUUGGAAGGGAUCUCGCUAAUCCGUGCGCGUCGGCUGGUAUUAACCAGAACCAAAAUGGAGAAGUUGGUUCCGACUUAAAAAUAAUCCUCCCAUCUCCCUUCCCCACAGCCCCAGCCUGCAGGGUUGGCAUCAGACCAUCCACAGCCAGGAAUCAGGCAGGUUUUUUUCUUUUCUUUCUUUCUUUUUUUUUUUUUUUUUUCCUUUUGAGAAGAGAAAGUUUUGCAGUUGGGCUGAGGAGGGAGAGAAGUCUGCCCGGGUGAUUUUUAUAGUGCCGUUUGUGGUUGUAACCCUGGGAGAUUGAUGAGCGAAAGGGAUCAACAAGAUGCACCUCUGCUCUAGCUACCAGGAGAGCAGCGAUCUUGUUUUACUGCAAGGAGCCGUCGCCAGCUGGUGGAUGAACCGAGGUCCCUGCGCCUCAGACGCCGUGAUCCUGCGUGGAGCUGAGCUCGCUGGGAGCGUUCACUCUCCAUCCACAAGUAUGGCAACAUCCGCGCAAUACAGACAGCUUAUAAAUGACUACGGACCCCCAUCUCUAGGCUACACACAGGGGAUGCAGGGGACCAGCAGCAGCCAAGUACCACAAAGCAAAUAUGCAGAACUUCUAGCUAUCAUAGAAGAACUAGGAAAAGAGAUUAGACCCACGUACGCUGGGAGUAAAAGCGCGAUGGAGAGGCUAAAAAGAGGCAUUAUCCAUGCCAGAGGAUUAGUUCGGGAAUGCUUGGCUGAGACGGAACGAAAUGCAAGAUCCUAGCCCGCUCAUUCCAUUGCGGAAUGAAGAAAAAAAAGUAACACUUAUUCCUUUUGACUCUUGAAACAUUCAGACAAAUUCCUUUAUUUUGAAUGUUUUUGCCUUUCUUGUUUCACCCUUAUGACAAUGUAUAGUUAAGAAUGAGAAAACAAGGAUUUUUCAACUUCCUGAGGGUUUGCAUUUUGUAAAGACAUUAAAACUCCCUAAAAAUGUUUCUAAAACAUGAAAACUGAACUGCAUGCAGAGGAAUGCUCUUUCUCUCCCAGGCUCUAUUUCAGUUCUCUUCUUAUCCAGCCACAGUCUCAUUCUGGUUUUUGGUUUUUUUUUUUCCUUUGACUGUAUUCACUUAACCCCAAACUGUCAAUCCUCCACAGUUUGACAUAAGCUCUAAGGAUUUUGUUUAAUGAAUGCUGAAUAGCAUGCUGUCCCUUGUAGUCUGCUAAGUCACACUUUGUCAUACAGCAUAGACCCUGCUUAGAAAUAACCUUCCCCUUCUCUUAUUUUCCCUUUUUUGUUCGUUUUGCAUAAACAUUUGCAUGACUGUUAGUGCUUUGAAGUCCAUUUAAAGUGCAUGAGUUAUAUGGAAAAUAGGGAAACCUAUUAAAUAAUAACAAGGUCCUGGAAAGCUAAUUUCUACAUUAAGGCUGGAGAUUUCAGUUUCAAGUUUGCCAAAAAAAAAAAAAAAAAAAGAAGAAAAAGAAAAUUCUGGAUAAAUUACUAAAACUGUUAUUUGCAUCUUUGUAUGUAUUUAUUACUUGACGUAAUAAAGCUUAUUUUCAUUAACAGUUUGUAUUAAAA